AUGCUGCUUUUGAUGCCAAUGGUUUUAACGGGUAUCUGGGCCCGUGUAUCACUUGGUGGUACUCUCAAUGUUACUGCCAGUGAUGAUGAAUGCCGAAUUUGGUCGAAUCAUAACCACGGUUGUGACGGGUACUCUGCAUCUUUUGCCAAACCCAAGGGAGAUGACUGUUCAAGUUUGAGCGAAAUGCCCAAUGGAUCCCCUGAGAACACUCGGAUCGAGGUGGCCUGUGGCACCGAAAACGGCUCGCCGGCUGCGUGGAUUGAGGUCGAACGUGAUGGCCAGGUCACUUUCUUCAACCAGAAUGGAGAUAAGUCGACGUGCGUUUUGAACGAUGGAUAUAAGAUCGGAAGCUGGUGUAAUGCCACAGACUUGUUUGCCCCCACGACUUCCUCCUCAGCUUCGGUGAUUGUCACAUCUCCGUCUUUUCAUACCGACGGUUCUGUCACUUCUCAGCCCACAUUAUCAUGUGCCUGUCCUGCUGUCUGA